AGAAGCUGGUUUUAUCCAGCGGAUCCAGGCGGCGUUAGGGGGCCUUGCCGUCCAGUCUGGAGAGUCGGAACUGCAGACGACCGGAGACGACAGAUCCGAAUACGUACCUGAAACGGAACCGGAUCACAAACUGCCCAGAGAGGAGAUGCAGAAGAUGUUGCGAGCCGUCACAGAGCCCGUCAUGCAGAAACAAUACGCAGAGAGGAGGCUAUCAGAGAAAACCUUCACGUUGAGUCGCGGAGAGGACGGAGGCGUGGCGGAACCACAGGGGACAGAGGACGGAGAGGGAGCCGCCGAACCUACAAGGAAUAACCCGGUGCGCCGCCUGCUGCUGUGUUUCCGGAACUCCGUCACCAGGAAAAUCUUCCCGCAGACCCGGAACGACAGAACGGAAGAAAAAAGCAAGACCGAGAGACCCCCUCCCGCGGAUCCCAGCCCACCCCGCCCCGAACCUGACGGCGCCUCCUCCACUGCUUACACAUCAGCUUCUCAACACACAGAGGAACAUCAAACUAUAAACAAACAACCGGACCAAUCUGCAUUAUAA